UGCUUGGGCGAACAAGGAGGUGGAGACGUUCGUCUGCAUUCUCGGGGAGGAAGACGUUGUUUACGAUGUUUACGUAGCUGCCGCGGCGAUCGACAUCCGGCCUAGCCUACCACAAAGGGUACUGUCGGCAGUGGAAACGCGACCUCGGAACUAUCUGGGCUAUACCGCCCCCUCCCUACCGCACCUUUGCGAUCCGAUCCGUCCGCACCCUGCAGUGGAAACGCGGCAAUAAACAAGGAACCAAGAGCCUCGGAGGCGGAACUUUCAGAGGUCUAUUAUCAUUAGAAUUUCCCGCCAAACAAGCCAGUCAGUAAUUAAGACGAUACAAAAUGGACCAUAAUAAAGAAACUCAGAUUAGGACAUUUGUGCGAAAUCUACUUAAUGAUGCACCAGACCUGAGUUCACUGACUCUAGGCUCUUUAAAGCGGCAGUACAUGUCACAUUUGGGUUGUGAAUCCUUGAGCCCAGAAGCGAAAACCUGCAUGAAAAGAGUGGUCGGAGAAGAGCUGCUUAAUAUGCAGGUCAGUGCCACAGAUGUCAGUGAGUCAGAGAUUGCCAGCGUUGAACCACCCAGCAACAAGAGAAAGCGCCGCAAAGAUAAAGAAGCCAAUUCUGGAAGAUCAACUGAUGAAGAAUUGAGUGCAAAGAAAAUUUGCCGUCGACGCACUUCUUCAGGAAGUGCUGAGAGUAAAGAGGAAGAGCAAAUUGACCAAAAUGAAGUUAAAGACCAGCGGCUGGUGCAGGAAAGCGAGAAGGAUCAAGAUGGUGCAGAAGAACAAAUGAACCUAACCGACAAACCACAAUACUUGGAAGGUUCUGCAGGGGACCCAUUGGAGGGUGAACAGAAGGUCAGCAAGAGCGAUAAGAAACCGAGAAUUAGGAAGAGGCAAACCAAAGCCUCCAGCGAUGAAGAAAACAAGUCAUCGUCGUCAAUGAGUGAUGAAAUAGGUGAAGAGGAGGACAAAGGCUUUACUAAGAAGGGAGCACCUGGCAAAAAAUGGGAUGGUAAACAAAAGGGCAUCAAGGAGGUCGGGGGACCGGAAAGUAGGAAGCAGCAAGCCAAAUCCUCCACCGAUGAAGAAAAGGAAUCAUCGUCACAGAGCGACGAAAGUAGUGAAGAUGACGACAAUGUCCCCAAGAAGGAGGAAGCCCCUGGCAACAAGUUGGACAAGGGAAAAGUGCCAACGACGACGACAAAAGAAGACCCCCAGGACCCUGAUUCUUCAUCAUCUUCGCUGACCUCUCUUGAAGAAGAGAAAGAUGUCAAGGGAGACGGCGCACCAGCCAUGAAGUUGACCAUAAAAAAGGGAGACAAGAAGAAGAAGCGAAGAGAAGAUGACUCUAAAAGAGCAACAGAAGAAAACAAAGCAGUGCUGAGGCUGAAGCGCUACAUAUCUCUCUGCGGUGCAAGGCGGAACUACAAAAAGCUGUUUGAGGGCUGUGGCAGCAUUCGCUCCAAGGUGUCUGUUCUGAAGAAGGAACUGGAGGAUCUAGGCAUCGAAGGCCUACCAUCUAUUGAGAAGUGUAAGAAGGCUCGAAAGAAGCUGGAGGAAGCCAAAGAGCUGGCUGAGCUUGAUGUCAGCAACAUUAUAACCACACAAGGUCGUCCGACGCGUAGAGGGCCAUCGGCCUGGAAGGAGCCGCACUCUUCUCCUUCCGCAAGGUACAAGCGGACGGUGAACUCUGGCAGUGAGGAGGAUAGCCCCGCGGAAAAAGGACCUAACAGAAGCAGACACUGGGGGAACCUGCAGGGCAUCAUCAGUGACGACGGAGAGAGCGACUGAGAACUGUGGUCUUUGUGGAGUAUAUCACCAGGAUACGGAAAUAUAUGUAAUCUUAUGGACAGUUUGGUCAAUUUAAUUGUCUUUAUACAAAUAAAGUUAAAUGCAGCUUUAUUUUUUAUUAUAUAGUUGUUUAUAAUGUUAAAUAAAAUAUAGUAUUUCUUAUGAAUCAGAGUCGCAUAUGGUGUUCACAAGAUUUUUUUUUAUUAUCAAAUACUUUAUUUUCCGAGAAUACUCAAACAUUAAAAACGAAUUAUGCUUUGUGAAUAGAAGGCGGAACCAAUGUCAAGAGAUAUUGUUCCUAUACGUAACA